ACGGUUGACACCUAGCCACCGGCAAAACCCUUUAUAAACCACUCUCCGCCACCAUCGUCCAAGGACCCGUCUUCCAAUUCUCUCUCUCUCUCUAGAAUUACAAGACAAUGAGCAAGUCGCAGUCCUCUCCAGGGAGCUGCAAGGUGGAGCCAAGCCCACCAACGCUGCCAUCAAUCAACGACCCAGAGGCCGACAUGUUCGUCCCAUUGCUGAUGUCCAAAAGCCCAACACCUCACCAACAGGCAGCUGACCACCACAGCAAAAAGGACUACUCCGGCCGCCGCGGCUUCUUGGACGAGGCCAAUUCCAUAGCCAAAAUAGCCUUCCCCAUGAUCCUCUCCGCCCUCCUGCUCUACCCUCGCUCCAUGAUCUCCAUGCUCUUCCUCGGCCGCCUCGGCGACCUCGAUCUCGCCGGAGGCUCCCUCGCCAUCGGCUUCGCCAACAUCACCGGCUACUCCGUCCUCUCCGGCCUCGCCGUCGGCAUGGAGCCCAUUUGCGGCCAAGCCUUCGGCGCCAAAAAACUCCCCCUCCUCGGCCUAUCUCUCCAGCGAACCGUGCUCCUUCUCGUCUUAUGCUCACUUCCUAUCUCUCUCUUAUGGCUUAACGUGAAGACGAUAUUGAUCUUUUGUGGACAAGAUGAGACAAUAGCCACACAAGCUCAAUCCUAUCUUCUUUACUCGAUCCCUGACCUCUUUGCUCAAUCUGUACUUCACCCAUUAAGGAUUUAUCUCCGAACUCAAUCCAUAACCAUGCCUUUAACAUUUUGUGCCACUGUUGCAAUUCUUCUGCACAUACCCAUUAACUAUCUCCUCGUUUCUUACCUUAAUCUAGGCAUCAAAGGUGUUGCCCUAAGUGGGGUUUGGACUAACUUUAACCUUGUUGCGUCGCUUCUCGCCUAUAUUCUAGUCUCCGGCGUCUACGAGAAAACUUGGGACUGUAUUUCCAUGGAGUGUUUGAAGGGCUGGAAAACCCUACUGAAUUUAGCCCUUCCGAGCUGCAUUUCGGUCUGUCUCGAAUGGUGGUGGUACGAAAUAAUGAUCUUGCUCUGCGGCUUGUUGAUAAACCCGACCGCGACUGUCGCUUCAAUGGGUAUUUUGAUCCAAAUCACUUCACUAAUCUACAUAUUCCCAUCGUCCCUGAGCUCCGCCGUAUCGACUAGGGUUAGCAACGAAUUGGGUGCGAACCGGCCGGAGCAGGCGAAGCUCGCGGCCGUCGUGGGGCUUUCGGGCAGCUUCAUUCUGGGCUUCUCGGCUCUAGUUUUUGCGGUGCACGUGAGGAACUUGUGGGCAAGCAUGUUCACCCAAGAUGGGGAGAUAAUAGCCCUAACCGCCGCCGUUUUGCCGAUAAUCGGGCUGUGCGAGCUCGGGAACUGCCCGCAAACCACCGGCUGCGGCGUUUUGAGGGGCACAGCAAGGCCUAAAGUGGGAGCAAACAUCAACUUGGGGUGCUUCUACAUGGUGGGGAUGCCGGUGGCGGUGGUUCUAGGGUUCUUCGCCGGGUUCGAUUUCGAGGGACUCUGGCUGGGGCUCUUGGCUGCUCAAGCAUCGUGCGUUGUGACCAUGCUCAUAGUUUUGGUAAGAACAGAUUGGGAGUACGAAGCCCACAGGGCCAAAGGGCUCACAGGCGCUGUAGUUUUUGAAGAUGGCACAGAGGAAACAAUAUUAAGUGAGGAAGAGAAGCUACGAAAAGCUGAAAACGAGGAGGAUUCUUUAUGUUCGUCGUCGUGUGAAGCUGAUGAUCAUCAGCAUUAUUCCUCGCUCGUUUAA